GGCCAUUCCCGGUCGUCUCCAACGGCGAUACUAUUGUUCGCCGAUGUGUGUUGAUGUACUGUCGCACCCCACCGAACCCUAUUGGCUGUGUUGCCUGGGCUUGCAAUGCCUUUUUACAGUGUUCCAACCUGCCUUGGGCCUGAGGACAGCUAAAUGUCGUCAAACAAGCAGAGUGAACAAACUGAGCUGUUUUGCAGUUUUAUCAAGCCUCCAGUCCACACAAAGUGUAGCGUCUUUUGUCACGGUUAGAACAAGCUUACUGUAAGAACGACUUUGCAUGAAACGGUUCCUCCUUGAAUGAUAACGCCAGACGUGUAUGCAAGAGUGCGUGUAGGAACAUUUACUGUUUGCAGUAUAGCUGCCGUGUUGGCAACGGGCUCCUCAGUUAAAAAUUGUAUUCUUCUCUUGGCCUACUGUUAGUGGAGACACAUGGACGGUGUUUCUUUUCAGGAAAUGGAAUAUUUUCAGGUAGACUGACUGCCUGUCAUUCUCUGGUUAAGGGUGUGUGUCAUUUGAAGUUGAGCAGUUGGGGAGGGAGUGGGGACUGCGUGGAGGGGGGGUUGAGCGGGGAGUGGGAAGGGCCUCAUGGUUUGAUCCAGUUGUGCGUGCGGGUGACUGCGCACAAACCACCCUUCCUGGUAGGGCGUGCCCCACCAGAUGCACUUCCAUAUCUCCCGUGCUCACGUCUCGGAAGCCAUUAGCGCAGACACAGGACACCGGCUUGAACGCAGUCCAAGGGGAAGGUUAACAGGCCGCUCAUUUGUGCUUCAAAUGUCAUUAGACUGCACUGCUCUCCACAGAACCUUCUGAACCUCAGAAGCCUGCAGGCCUUUUUCAAGUUCAAUGGGUAUUGCAUCAUAAGCUGCUUUGCGACAUGCUCCAUGCGUUUCUCCCACCAAAAGCGGUUCGCUCUGUGCUCAAAUGCACGUACAACAUUAGAUAUGUCAUGGUUGAACAGAAGCAACACGUAUCUCUAUAUGAAGGACUGCACCCACGACUCCUGUGAAUCCAAGAUGAACAACGUCAGGUCCUCCAUAUCCAAAAUAUUUAACGGGGCGCCGCGCUCCUACACCCGCUUCAACCUGACGCGGAACAUGGAGGGCGACGCCAGCCAGGUGGAGAUGAAGCUGUCCUCGGACGUGGACGAGGAGACGGACCACCCCGCCGGGGAGCGCCAGGCCAACGGCUACGGCCAACCCCACGACGCCACCUACGUCCAGAAGCUCGGCCACUCCCCGAGGAACGUCUGCUUCAUGAUCGUCGCCACCCUCCUCGUCUUCGCCAUCGGAUAUCUGAUUGGCUACUUGGCUGACCACAGGCAGGAUAAGGAGUGUUCCGAGCUCCCUCUCUCCGACGACCCAGUGUCAGAAGAGCAAGUGUUGCCGGUCGAGGAAGAAAUCGUUCUGGACUGGAGUGAUCUCAAGGCAUUGCUGAAAAAGAAGUUAAAUGAGAACAGCCUACAGGCAGCCUUCAAAGAGUUUAGCCUCGCCGCGCACGAAGCCGGCUCCGAGGGGGACAGGUCUCUGGCCUCUCGGGUCCACGAAAGGUUCAAGAGUUACGACAUGAGCCCCUGGACCAACAACCACUACGUCAAGCUGCAGGGCCCUCCCAGGACCGGCAGCAACAGAGUGUCCUUCGCCGGGGAAGAGAUCGGUAGGCCUCAGGCGUACCUGGCCUACAGCGCCACCGGGACCGUGCAGGGCAACCUGGUGUACGCCUACUACGGCGAGCCGGGGCAUUUCCAAAUCGCGCAGAACUACAAAGGGCAGCUGAACGGGAGCGUCGUCCUCCUCCGAGCGGGAAAAAUAAGCUUUGCCGAGAAGGUGGCUAACGCUGCCAAGAUGAAGGCCGCGGCCGUGCUGAUCUACCCAGACCCCGCUGACUACAGUAUUGAAACCAACACAGAGCUCUAUGGUCAUGUCCACUUGGGCACUGGUGACCCAUAUACCCCAGGGUUCCCCUCCUUCAACCACACGCAGUUCCCCCCGGUAAAAUCCUCGGGGCUGCCCGAAAUCCCGGCCCAGACCAUCACCGCCAGCAUGGCGACCAAGCUCUUCGGGAAGAUGACCGGAAUCAGCGCUCCCGGCAACUGGGAAGGCAAACUGGGUGUGAACUACAAGAUUGGUGGGGAAGGUGAUGUGGUCACGGUGGAAGUGAACAACGUCCCCACGGAGAAGAAGAUCACCAACGUGUUCGGUGUCAUCAUGGGAGUCGUAGACCCAGAUCGUUACUUAGUGAUUGGUGCGCAGAGAGACUCCUGGGGUCCAGGAUUCGCCAGGUCGACUGUAGGCACCAGCCUGUUGGUGGAGCUGGCCCGUGUCAUCUCGGAUAUGGAGAAAAACGAUGGAUUUGUGCCCAGAAGGAGUAUCAUUUUUGCAAGCUGGAGUGCUGGUGAAUAUGGGAGCGUUGGCGCCACAGAGUGGCUGGAGGGAUAUUUGUCUUCGAUGAACCUGAAGGCCUUUUCUUACAUAAGUCUGGAUGGCGUGGUUGCAGGGUCUGAAUCCAUCAAAGCAUCGGCAAGCCCACUUUUGUACACCUUGUUUGAGGGUGCAUUGAAGGAGGUAAACAGCCCCACCACUGGGCAGACUCUAUAUGCACAAGUAGUCAGGGAAGGCUGGGAAAAAGUCAUGGUCCCCAUGAAGAUGGAUGACACUGCUUACCCCUUCCUGGCCUUUUCGGGGAUCCCCUCCAUUUCAUUCCGCUUCACGAACACUGCAGAUUACCCGUACUUCGGGACCUUGCUGGACACCGAAAACAAGCUGAGCACCGCCACGAGGCCCCGCCCGGCGGGGAUUGCCGUUGCAGCCGGGCAGGUGGCGGGCCAGAUGGCGCUCAGGCUGGUCCACGACCACCUGCUGAAGCUGGACCUGCUGGGGUACGACGGCGUGAUCCGCAGAAACGUGGCCAGGCUCCAUCGCCAGCUCUACGUGCUGAAGCAGUCCAAAGUCCUGCCCGAGACCCUGACCUCGCAAUGGCUGACGUCAGCGGCCGGGUCCUACGGGCGUGCCUCGCGCGGCCUCGACACCGACGUCCGGAACAGCGAUCUCGUCGACGUGGAGCGGUGCCGCGUCCUCAACGACCGGAUCAUGAGGGUGGAGAAAAACCUCCUCUCUCCGUACGAGAAUGUGAGGGAGACCCCGUUCCGCCACAUCAUCUUCGGCUCGGGCGCCCACACGUUGCCGGCCAUUUUGGAGCACCUCAAAUCUCUCAGGGUUCACUCGCCCAACACAGAAGUGGAUCUUUUCAGGAAUCAGUUUGCCCUGGUCACCUGGACCAUCCAGGGCUGUGCCAAUGCUCUGGCGGGGGACAUUUGGGUACUGAAUAGGGAGGAGUAGGCCUAGGUUGUUGCAACUGCCCAGUGAAUGCAAAAUCUAGCACUCCCAAGUCCAAAUAGGCAUGGUUCUCAGAUUAGAAAAUUGGAGAGGCCUUUUGGUGAUUUAAAAAAAAAAAAGCUCUUGUGCUGAUUUGUUGUGCAAUAUUUAAAUGGCCCUACUCCCGAUGGAAUGCUCUUAAACAAUUCUAAUGCGUGACCGUAAGACGUAUUAAUGCCUUAAAGAAAUCUCCACUGGAAAAUAAGUGAUUUAAGAAGCCUAAAUGAAUUUUGUGGGAUUAGAUGUGAAAGGUUUUUAUUUAUUUAUUUCUAAUUAUCAACACGCAUUAGGAAUUAAUUAGAUGUACAGUCAAAUGGACAACAGCACAAACCAUUAUUAAUCGGGUAGAUUGCAACACAAUGCUUAGUCAGCAUCAUCCCUUCUAAGUGAAAACCUAACUUGCAUUGGUGCUUUUAGAAUUUAAAUGCCAAAGUUAUAAAGCAUAUCAAAUGCAAAUCAAUCUGGUAAUGUUGCAUUGCAAGUUAUACGAUAUGAGAAAUGAUAUGAUAGGAGAAUUGAACGGCACUAAGAAAUAAGAGGCAUGACUUUAAACAGACAUACAAAUAAUGAAUUACCUUGCAUAAACAGAAUGGGACUAUAAACACUAACUGAUAUCCCAUUGGCAUUUCCUCAUAUAUUUCCUGCGACUAAAACACAAAUUUAAUUUAAUUUGCAUUUCAAGAAAGGUUAUUUUAGAUCCCCCCUGUGUGUUUCAGUCCUUAGGCUGUAAUCAUUACCUUCUCCAAUAGCCAGCAUUAUUUGGCCUCAAAGCAGCCACUAUAUUUUUGUUGGUUGGUUUUUUAAGAUGGGGAGAAUGGGUCUUCACCGUUUGGCACUGAGGUAUGUAUUUAUUUGUUAUUUAUUUAUCAGUGACAGGGUUCACUAUAAAUAGUGUUUUUUUUGUAACGCCUUUUUACGAUAUAAUUAUCGGAAGCAGUGUCUUCCAUAAUUAUGACAGUUAUACUGUCGAAUAUACAAAGCAGCAUCUGCUACGGAAAUAAACUUGUUACCAACAGGUGUUACUGGAAACUGCUGCAUUGCACAGCGGUUGAUAAUUAGUCAAAUGUCUACCAAUUUGUCUUCUCAGACCUCUAGGUGUUUUCCAUCGAGGUGGAAAAAAUAAACAGCUAGUAUAUAUGUUUACAGCAUGGCCACUACUGACCCCGGCCGUUUCUGGUACACACAUUUUGGUGCAUUUGUAUUUCUAAUCCUAAAACAUUAUCGGGAGCAGUGUCUUCCAUAAUGUCAAGAAGAAGGUAGUUUUUGCCUACCAGCGUGUAUAUAUCGAGAGCAGUGUCUCUCAUAUUUCACUGUAGGGUGGAUGUAAUUAUCGGGGACAGUGUUUCCCAUAAUCGUUAUAUAUAUUGUCUGCAUUAACAAACUACUGGAUUACUUCACAUCCCUCAUAUGUGUGUCAUCUCAACCCUUAAAGCCGCUCCAUAUGAGUUUUGUCUUCUUUACCAGCUUGUUUUGAAAACCAUCUAAAAAUCAACAAGGCAUCCAUUUUUAUUGGUUUAUUAAAACAAAUAAAAGAGAGCAAAUUACUUCAUGUUUCCACGACCAUCUUAGAGCUUUUCUUUGCAUGGUUCUUCUGAUGAAAUUAUCAUUUUUGUUUCAUGUGUGUGGAUUACGCAUACCUUGUGUGACCACUGUUCUACAAAUUUACAGAUUCCUUAAAUGAAGCAAGUUUUGAUUGCUAGAUUUCUUUUUUCUUAUUGAAAAUUUUUGACUUAUUGUUUUGAAACUUGUAGUUUUGUUUAAAUUCAAUCUUAAAGCUCUUGGAUAAUUUAAUAGUUUGUUUAAAAGUGAAAAUAUAUAUUUGGUUAUUUGGAUAUAUUUUGGUUACACAUUGGUUUUGUUAUCCAGUAGAACAUGCAAGAAUAAUUAGAAUAUUCUAUUGAAUAUAAAUUCAGUCUAAAUGUUGCAUGUUUUGAUCAUUUCAUUUCAUUUUAGUAUAACUGGGUGAAAAGAAAAUAAGUACAGGGAAGGAGAGUCCCAGAAAAAAAAAAAUCCAUUGAGUGAAGUUUUGGGGACAUUCAAUUUAAUUCACCCAAAUUAAUGAUUGGGGAAUACAUAGGUAUUGUAUGACUUAUUGUGCUUGUGAUUGUGUAUUUAAUGCAGAAUGAGGAAUUGAUUUAUUGGUAUUUUUACCAUUCACUCACUCAUACAAAUCUCUUUUAGCAGUACUUCCUGUUGUGUGUCAAGUUGACGUUGGACAUUUUAAACUGAGCAUUAAACCUGUCUAUCACUUUUUCUUCACAAUUAACAUUUGACAAAUUCUUGAGAUUCAUUAGCGUAGUUGGUAUCAUGUUUGUUCCUUGCUUUGAAUGCUCUAUGUAGUUAAUUUAUAACAUUAUACAAGUUAAAUUGCAUGCAACAGGUAACCUUCAACCAAUGGCCUAGUGUCAUAAUUAGCUAAAUAGAUUUUAAAACACUGACAAAAUUGUAGCUAAAUGUAAUAAUCAACUUAAAACCCUCUACAUUUAGAAUUUGUUGCCUAUAAAGCCAGUUGUAUGCUGCGACAGCGUUCUUUUAAUUUGUCCAACGGUUUGCUUUCUAAGUGUUCUUCUAGUACAGUAUGUUACAAUUGAAAACUUCAAGCUUUUUUUUUAGACUGUUAUGACUUAAAGCUUUGUGGUAGAGGAUAUAAAAAUAAUGAUUUGUGGGUAUUCUGGAUGUUGGUGCUUGGGACUGUACAGUAAAAUACAUUAGAUUUCUGUUCCCCAUUAUUUCAAUAAAUUUGUUCAUCGCUGUA